UGAAAUGUAUGAGAAGCAUAGACGGUAAUGGGUGAAGUGCUGUGUGUCAAUGCUGUUUGCUGUGGGUCUGGCAGAGAUGCCCCUGAAUGUCAACAGGAAGAUUGCUCUGGCUAUGAGGAGUCUCCUAACUUGGAGCUUACAGAUUUCGGUGAUGUGCCAUGCCCGGUACGGUCUCUUCCUCCCCAGUGGUAUCACACAGUCCAAGUGCGAAGAAUACGAUCGCUCAGGGCUCGAAGCAACAGUGAUCCGCUACAAGGGAAGAACGUAGGACAGGGAAUUCAGUGGCAGAGGAAAGGCCUGCCAUUUGGCAAUGCAUCUUCCUACUUAAAUCUUGAAAAGCUGGGUGAAGGUUCCUAUGCAACAGUAUAUAAAGGAAUAAGCAGGAUUAAUGGACAACUAGUGGCUUUAAAAGUCAUCAGCAUGAAAGCUGAGGAAGGUGUACCCUUCACUGCUAUCCGAGAAGCAUCUCUCUUGAAGGGCCUGAAGCAUGCAAACAUUGUCCUUCUGCAUGACAUCAUUCAAACCAGGGAGACGCUGACCUUUGUGUUUGAAUAUGUGCAUACAGACCUGUCCCAGUACAUGGCCCAGCACCCAGGUGGACUUUUACCCUACAAUGUUCGACUCUUCAUGUUCCAGUUGCUUCGAGGUCUGGCCUAUAUCCAUCACCAGCACAUCCUACAUCGGGACCUAAAGCCGCAGAAUCUUCUCAUCAGCUACCUAGGGGAGCUCAAACUGGCUGACUUUGGUCUUGCCCGUGCCAAGUCAAUCCCCAGCCAAACAUAUUCCUCAGAAGUGGUCACUCUCUGGUACCGUCCACCGGAUGUGCUUUUAGGUGCUACAGAUUAUUCAUCUGACCUUGAUAUCUGGGGUGCAGGAUGUAUUUUUAUAGAAAUGCUUCAGGGAUACCCAGCAUUCUCUGGUGUGUCAGAUGCCUUUGAGCAACUCGAGAAGAUAUGGUCGGUUAUAGGGACACCAACAGAAGAAACAUGGCCUGGAGUAUCUCAACUUCCAAACUACAAAGCAGAAUGGCUUACAUUAAGUGGGAAGCAGCCAUUUGGAAAUGUCUGGGACAGAUUGAGUAGAACUAUGGGGGCUGAAGAUCUUGCUUAUAAGAUGUUGAAAGGUUGUCCUCGUAAAAGGAUUUCUGCUGAAGAUGCCCUUCUUCAUAAAUUUUUCAGUACAUUGCCUUGUCAACUUUACCAGCUAUCUGAUGUUCGGUCCAUAUUCACUGUACCUGGGCUGAGCCUUAAACCUGAAAUCCGAGAUCUGAUUUUCCCACAUCGGAAGGUUUCUCAGCCAGCCGCACACCAUAAGCCAUGGUGAACAUUACAGAGAUGGACGUUCAGCCACCAGCUGUUUGCACCCAUUUGAAUGUAUCAGCCUUUCAUCCUACUUUGCACUCGUUCCCCUACCUUCUGCCUUCUUCUUAGAGAAGCCAUCCAGAAA